AUGGUCAACAAGACCUUAAACUACUGGGGUCCCAGUUUUGAGGAGGACGUUAUCAACAUCAACGUGGGCGGUCUGCGGCGGCGGCUCAGCUCCAGCGCGCUCUCCAAGUUCCCCGACACGCGCCUGGGCCGGCUGCUCUCCUGCGACUCGGAGGAGUCCAUCCUGCAGCUCUGCGAUGACUACGACGUGAGCGCCAGGGAGUUCUACUUCGACAGAAACCCCGGCUUCUUCCUCUACGUCCUCCACUUCUACCAGACGGGCAAGCUGCACGUCAUGGAGGAGCUGUGCGUCUUCUCCUUCUGCCAGGAGAUCGAGUACUGGGGCAUCAACGAGUUCUUCCUGGACUCCUGCUGCAGCUACCGCUACCACGAGCGCAAGCUGGAGAGCCGGCACCACAACUGGGACGAGGAGAGCGAGGUGAGCAGUGUGGACACGUCCCCCGAUGAGAUCUCUGACAUCAACCACGACCUGCUGCGCUACAGCACCCUGCGCUGCGGCAACCUGCGCAAGCGCCUCUGGCUCACCAUGGAGAACCCCGGCUACUCCAUCCCCAGCAAGCUCUUCAGCUUCGUGUCCAUCAGCGUGGUGCUGGUGUCCAUAGCCACCAUGUGCAUCCACAGCAUGCCCGAGUACCAGGAGGUGGAUGAGAACGGCAACGUGCUCGAUGAACCCAUCCUGCACAAGCUGGAGUAUUUCUGCAUCUCCUGGUUCACCUUCGAGGUGUCCUCCCGCCUCCUGCUCUCACCCAACCCCAGGAAGUUCUUCAAGCACCCACUGAACCUGAUUGACAUUGUGUCAGUGUUGCCCUUCUACUUCACCCUCCUGGUGGACGUGACCAUGGGCAGUGACUCGGAGCUGGGCAACCUGGGCAAGGUGGUGCAGGUGUUUCGGCUCAUGAGGAUAUUCCGGGUGCUGAAGCUGGCUCGGCACUCCACCGGACUCAGGUCACUGGGGGCCACCUUGAAGCACAGCUACAGAGAGGUGGGGAUCCUGCUGCUCUACCUGGCUGUGGGGGUCUCUGUCUUCUCUGGCGUGGCCUACACUGCAGAGAAGGAGGAGGACGUCGGCUUCGACACCAUCCCGGCGUGCUGGUGGUGGGGCACGGUCAGCAUGACCACUGUGGGCUACGGGGACGUGGUGCCCGUCACCGUGGCGGGCAAGCUGGCGGCCUCGGGCUGCAUCCUGGGGGGCAUCCUGGUGGUGGCACUGCCCAUCACCAUCAUCUUCAACAAGUUCUCCCACUUCUACCGCAAGCAGAAGGCGCUGGAGGCGGCCGUGAGGAACAGCGGCAAGAAGGAGCCCGAGGAGGGCGGCAGCACCUCCAGCCAUGACCGCGACUCCGAGGCCCUGAGCGAGACCUCCCUGGACAGAGCCAGCCCCGACCGACGUGGCCUGACCCCCGGGGCCCACCCCAGCCCCUGA